UUUAUGUGUGUGUGUGUGUGUGUGUGUGUGAGAGAGAGAGAGAGAGAGAGAGAGAGAGAAGGUUCUAGGAGGCCAUUUCCUCUUCGUGCAACUGAGAGAUUCUGUUGGUUAUAUCAACGUUUAACGACGAACAGAAAGUUGUAGAAAGAAAGAGACUCUUAAAAGAGCCACCACCACCCUUCAUUUUUGUGUUCAAAAUUUUUUCAUAGAAAGGGAUGGGAACCAAGAUCCGACGACAGCCAUCAGGCGUCUCUUUCCUUUCAAUUUUCUGAGAGCGGAGGAAGAAACAACAAUAUAACUCACUAAGCAUCUCCAGCAGCAACGUCGAGGAAAUAGCUUCCCAGAAUUUCUCCUCGCUCUCUCUGGUAAUUUUCAGUCUAAGAAGAGAUCAAGAAAUGGAUGGUGUUGCAGAUGGUGCUUUCUCCUGGAUUUAUGGUCUCAUUUGCAAUUUUUUCCGCAAAAUCAUCUUGUCAAUAGUUUCUGCGGGCCCUAUGCCUACCCAUGUUGCAAUGAUUAUGGAUGGGAAUCGCAGAUUCGCACGAUAUCGCAAGAUGAAGAAAAAUUCUGGGCACAGAUAUGGUUUCCAAUCUUUGGUUUCCACUCUCCGUAACUGCUACGAAUUAGGGAUCAAAUAUGUGAGUAUUUAUGCCUUCAGCAUCGAUAAUUUCAAUCGGAAGCCAGAGGAAGUUGGUGGUGUAAUGGAUCUGAUGCAUGAAAAAAUUGAGGAUGCUCUCAGAGAAGGAAGUUUCAUCAAGACAUUCGGUGUGAAGGUUCAAUUUGUAGGGAAGUUGGAGCUUUUGCCGGAGCAUGUUAGGAGUUCUGCCGACAAAUUAAUGAAAGAGACUGCAGAGAACACUAGAGGAAUGUUGUCAAUAUGUGUCUGUUACACUUCCACAGAUGAGAUAGCACAUUCUGUUCAGGAAGCUUUUCAUGAGAACUGCAUAAGAUCAGGGAAGUUCUUGAAUGGGAAUGAAUGUGGAAAAUCUGAAGCUAAUUCAGAUGCAUGUCCAAUCACGCUAGCAGAUUUAGAGAAGCACAUGUACAUGGCCCAUUGUCCAGACCCAGAUAUAUUAAUUAGGACAUCAGGUGAGACUCGAUUGAGUAAUUUUCUUCUAUGGCAAGCCAAUUCUUGUUACUUGCAUAUUUCAAGAGCACUGUGGCCAGAAUUCUCUCUUAGGUAUCUGGUGUCUGCAAUUUUGGAGUACCAGAGAGUGCAGCCAUAUUUAGAAAAGAUAAAGAAGAAACAAUGAUUGGUUAAUGGAGCAUAAGGUUCAUGGAGUUUGAAAAUCAUAUAUCCAUGUGGAGGAAUGGCCUUUUCAAUAGUAACAUUGUAAACUACGGUCUGUUUCCUUUUAUUGGGUGUGCAAAAGAGAAGGGGCGAUGUAUGAAAAAUAUGGUGUCUAUCAUAGCAAGGAAUAACAACUGUGAAAAAUGCUGCAUGACAUGGUGAAUAAUGUACAAUAUAACUGCAUGAGCAUGGUGAAUAAAGUACAAUGUAAAAGCAGGUAUUACUUUCAGUUAUCAUUGUGCUAUAAUUAAUGUUAAUUUAUAAAUAGCACUCAAUUUUCCUUUUUAGA